AUGCUUUCCGCGCUCGGCGCAAGCUCCAAAACCGUGCUGCGCGCGGAUGUGCAGCCAUGUGCGCCAUGCCACGCUCACCGCUUCGACUCCGCCCACCACCUCCCAGCAAUUGCACUACUCUCGCAUUCCGCUGCCCCGCAAGCGCACCAACUGCGCGCGCUCAGGUCCUCCGCCGCGCCCUUCCCACCCGGGAGCCGCGCGGACAGGGGGCGCAGGUCCGCGGUUGUUCGCGCGAGCGCCGAAGCGGAGACUCCGCAGAGCGAGCGGCUCCAAUUGAACGGCUCGGUGCUGCGCGCAGACCCGCUGUGGUCCGCGGUGACGGAGCAGGUGGCGAUUGGCGGGAGCGUCACGACGGCAAGCGCGGAGGAUGUGCGCGCGCUGCAGACGCAGUUCGGCAUGACGGCCGUCGUUAACGUCGAGGAGGAGAGCGCGAUGAAGGCGCGCGGCAGCAGCUGGGACGAGGAGCGGCGGCGGCUGGAGGAGCAAGGCGUGGUGGCCGUGUGGGUGCCCGUCAAGGAGCACGACGCCACGGAGCAGGCGCUGAUGCUGCCGCAGGUGGUGCGCGUGGUGGCAGCGCUGGUGGCGGCGGGGCACACGGUGCUGCUGCAGUGCUCCGCGGGCGACCGCAUCUCGCCGCUCAUCGCCAUCGGAUACCUCAUGUUCGUGCGCGCCAUGCCCGCGGACGCCGCCUCGGCGCUGGUGGCGGAGAGGCGCGCCGGCAUCAGCCCGCCCAUGGGCGUGCUCACGGAGGCGAUGGAGAAGGUGUUGGCGGGGGCGACAGCGCGCGUGAUAGAGAUCGCGGAGAGCAACUACCGCCAGCGCGUGCGCACGGGGCAGCCAGGCGACUCCAACUCCGACUGGGUGCAAGCCCAGCGAGCCUACAUCAACGAAGCCUUUGCCAAGUGGCUCGCUGCUGACGUCAGCUUCGCAGAGUCUAUCGCCCAGGCGGCGGAGCGCAAGGCGAGGGAGCAGCAGGCAGCAGAGGAGGCGGAGCGGAGGGCUGCUGGUCCCGCCAAGCGCCUGCUGACGCCCAUCCGCUGGAGCGACUCCGCCAAGGCCCCCGCGCCCGCGCACUCCGCCCCCCCCGCGGCGGCGGGCGCGGGCGGCAGCAGCGAGGCGCUGGCGGCGGCGAACCGGCGCGUGGCGGCGCUGAGCAAGGAGCUGGAGGGGGUGACGCGCGUGGCGGACGAGCAGGCGGCGACGCUGCAGCGCGCGGGGCAGCAGGUGGCGGAGCUGACGGGGCAAGUGGAGGCGCUUCAGCGCAAGGAGCGCCUGUACACGGAGGCGCUGGCGCAGGCCAACGAGCGCAUGGAGCUGCUGGGGGAGCGCAUGCGCGCCGUGGAGCAGGAGGGGCGCGCGGAGAAGGAGCGCUUGGAGGGGGAGGUGCGCACGCUGCGCGCGCGCGUGGAGGCGGACGAGCAGCGCGGGUCGCGCGCGGCGACGGUGAUUCAGGGGCUGCGCAUGGAGCUGCAGGCCGCCAAGGACGAGGUGAAGGAGCAGUGGGCGGCGGUGACGCGCGCGGAAAAGAGCAUUGAAGCGCUCACCACGCGCGUUAAGGAGGAAGAGCAGCGCGCGCAGCGCGCGGAGGCGGCGGCGCUGGCGGCGGAGGAGGACAAGCGGCGCGCGUUGAAGGAGCUGGAGGGGGCGAAGGGCGAGAGCGUGAGCGAGUCGGCGGAGGCGCGCGAGCGCAUGGCGGCGCUGAGCGCGCAGGUGGCACAGCUGAGCGAGCGGCUCAAGGCGGCGACGGGCGUGGCGGAGAAGGCGACGGGGCGCGCGGACGUGCUGGAGAAGCAGGUGGCGCAGCUGGAGGCGCGCGCGCGCAAGGCGGAGGAGCAGGAGGCGGUGUCCGCGCGCGCAGCGGCGCUGCUGACGGAGCAAGUAAAGACCCUGGAGGGCAGCGCGGCGGAGGCGGGCGCGCGCGUGGGGCAGCUGAGCGGCGAGCUGGAGCGGCUGCGCAUGCGCGAGGCGGAGCGCGCGGCGGAGGGCGUGGCGAGCGGGGAGCGCGCGAAGCAGCUCAUGGCGCUGGUGAAGGAACUUUCUGAGAAGGAGGCGCGGCAGCGCGCGCGCACAGAGCAGAUGGAGGCGAAGCUGGCAGAGCUGCGCAACCAGGACUCGGAACUGGCGUCGCGUGCUGCUGUGUUCUCCGCCCAGAUGGAGGAGAUGGCCCGCCAGCUGGCGCGGCUGAACGCGGAGCUGGCAUUCGCAGAGGGGCGCGAGGGCGAGGUGCAGGAGGCGUGGCGCGCGCAGCUGGGGGCAGCGAGCGACGUGAUGGGCGCCAUGGGAGCCGAGGCAGCAGCGCUGGCGGCAGAGAGGGGCGUGGAGAUGGAGAUGGAGCAGGCCGAGGGGCAACCGGGCGAGCUGCUCAGGGUGCUGAUGCAACGAGUGAGCAGUGAGGCGGCGGCAGUGAGGGAGCGCAGUGCGCGGCUGAUAGAGGAGACGCACCACAUGCGCCACCAGCUCGACCAAGCCCGCACCCAGGUGCAGGAGGGGGGAGCAGCACAGAACGAUGAGAGUGCAGCAGCACGCCUAAAGGAGUACGUGGAGGCAGCGGAGGCGAUGGCGGUGGAGCAGAAGCAGAAGCUGGUGGACCGCGUGCACUCGCUGCAGUGGCUGCUUGGCGCCACCAUCGCCCUCGCCGUCAUCAUCCCUGCCACCGCCUUCUACUCUUUCUUCACUGAUGACUCACAUGCCACCCAGGUGGAGAUGCUGAGGUCGCGCCUGGCAGCAGCAACGAGCGGGCGGCAGGAGCUGGAGAGCGCAGCGGUCAAGGCGGAGGCGAGCAAGCGGGCAGCCCUGAGCGCAGUGCAGACCCUGGAGAAGGUGGUGGAGGCGCAGCGCGGGUCCGUGGAGCGCCUACAGGCACUCAUUCCCCUCGUGGCGCCCUCCAUCCAGUCAGAGCAGGCAGCACGCUUCUGUGCCAACGUGCCUGUGGAGUACCAGUCUGCGGUUACCCAGCGAUUCUGCUCCGAUAUUGUGCCCCCCUCCGACUCUGCACCGCCUGCUACAGCACCGGACACCUGA